UACGUGCGCGGCGUGAUAUUUCUCGUUUCGCGUAACGCGCUGCACGUCAACGUAGCAGCGAGACGCGCUCAGAGGACGACGACCGUCUCUCAUCCCGCGUGUGUAAAUAUAUGUAUAUAUAUAUAUAAAUAUAUAUAUAUUAUAUUAUAUUUGUAUGUGUACAUUUGUGUAGCUGUGUGUGCGCGCACGUAUCCCGGAUGUGUCCCGCACGGCGGAGUAGUACGCGGGCGGCGUCGCUAUGCGACGGUGAACGCCGAUGACACACGGAGAGCCUUCGUCCUCGCGUGACGCGCGUCAGCAGGAUCCCGGUAGAGAGAAUGCCCGUGCUGUAACAGCCGGAGGAGAUUCUCGGAGCUACGAGAGGAGCUGCGCCUCGGAUCGAUCGACGACCGGACACCUUUUGGAGGUGGUGGAACGUCAAGAAGAGAAGAGGAUGAGAGGAGAAGGAGUCGAUCCGCCGUCGAAGGUGAGGCGAGGUGGAACCGACUGAAAAAGAGAGGAAAAAAGAAGAAAAAAGGAGGAAAGCGAAGAAGAGACGCGGUGGAGGAGACGGCGGAAAGGGGUCGAAAGGUUGAGCGACCUACAGAUCACGACGAGGAGAAGGUGCUGGCGGGGAAGGGGCGGUUGGGGAAGGGCAGACGGGGAAGAAAGAGGAAAAGGAGGAGGAGAACGACCCCGGCGGAGAAGGACGGAGAAAUGAUCUUGGUAGGUGACUGGCAAAGUGCUGCGGUGGUCGACUCCUCGACGAAAGGCAGAUAGCGCCGCCAUUAGUCGUUGCCGGGGCACGGAACAUCGGGCCCAUGCGCGUUGCGGCCCUGGCCGUGGGCGAGGAGGGCGAGGAAGAGGACGGGGACGAAGAAGAGGACCGAACGACGGGGCACCGCCACGAGGCUCGCGGGCUCGCGAUGUGCCCCGCGGCUACGGCGGUAGUGGGGGGCAGAAGUCGAUGGUGCGCCGCCAAGCGUCCGAUUUUCUUUGUGCUGCUGCUGCUGCUGCCCGUCUGGAUUCUGGCGAUCGUCGUCGACGCGUCUCCCCUUCAUCCCGUACCACCGCGCAGAGAUAUCAUGCGCAACUCGUACAUCGGGUACUACGAGCCAGCUACUUACGACAUCGCGACCUUGAGACAACAUCGCAACCGGAUACGUCGCGACGUGACUGACUCCGAGCAACCUCUGAUUCUGCAUCUGAAGACGCUCGACAG